AAACUGACAUGCCCAACAACUUUCCCAAUUGUUGAAUUGCCGACCCAUUUGAUAACCCGAAUUAUUUCCCUCUUCAUUUUUUCCCAAUCUGAAGUUUCAAAAUUCAAAUGGCGCCGGAGAAAUUGACGGAGUACGAACGGCGAAGGAUUGAGAAUAUAAAGCGGAAUGAAGAAAUGCUAGCCGCCCUUAAGAUUCAGUCCCGAGUUUCCGAACUUUCCGCUGUCACUAAGCGUCCAAGAGCUCAAAGUAAAUCAUAUCAGGCAAGUCCACAGAAGAAACAGAAGUCUAAAUCACCAGUUGUGCUGCGGCGGUCUCUCAGGACUAAAGGUAUACCACCGGAUUCUUCUACAGCUGGUGGGAUAAAAGAUGAUUCUGAUGAUCUCCCAGAUAGGAUAGCACCUAACAAGUACUCACAACCCGCACCCAAAAAGUCACCGCGAGAACCUAUUCCCAUAAGUAUGAGAGAUGCAUAUAGUGGUGACUUUGAUGUAUCAAAUCAAAGAUUGAUUGAAACAAUUAAGGAUUUCUCCCACAAGAUUGACGAUGGGGAUGACCGAAUAGAGAAAAGAAAGGCUUCUGGUACAGUUCAUUUGGAAUCAUUGAGGUUGGAACCAGACAACAUAGCACGUGUUGUGCCAGGAAGAAUAUUAAAUGUGCGGUUUUUCCCCACCAACAAUGUUCGAAUGGUUGCUGUAGGGAACAAAUUUGGCAAUAUAGGUUUCUGGAAUGUUGAUGCUCCACAGGAGGAUGGAGAUGGGAUUUAUUUGUAUCAUCCUCAUUCAGGGCCAGUUUCAGGGAUAGUCAUGGACCCUUUUUCUGCGUCAAAGAUGUUCACUUCUUGCUAUGAUGGAUUUAUCAGGGUGAUGGACAUAGAAAAGGAAAUGUUCGAUUUGGCAUAUUUGAGUGAGCAUCCCAUAUUUUCCAUAUCUCAGUGGCCACAUGAUAUGAAUUCCAUAUAUUAUGGUGAAGGCAGUGGGGAACUUGGUAUUUGCGAUCUCAGGGCAGGAAAAUCUUCAGUAUCAUGGAAAUUGCAUGAAGAAAGGAUUAACACAAUAGAUUUUACCUCAGAAAACUGUAAUAUUAUGGCAACAAGUUCUACAGAUGGUAGUGCAUGCAUUUGGGAUUUGAGAAAAGUUAGUGCACAUAAACCAAAAUCUUUGCAAACUGUCCGCCACAAAAGAGCAGUGCACUCGGCUUACUUUUCACCUUCUGGAAGGUUUCUUGCCACAACAAGUAUUGAUAAUACUGUUGGUUUGUUGAGUGGCGCUAAUUAUGAAGAUACAUCUAUGGUCUCCCAUUUUAAUCAUACAAACAGAUGGAUUUCCUCAUUCAGAGGAAUAUGGGGUUGGGAUGAUUCCUACAUCUACAUUGGCAAUAUGCAAAGAGGAGUUGAUGUAAUCUCGGUAGCUGACAAGAAACUUGAUUUUACCUUACGAAGCGAACACAUGACUGCUAUUCCAUGCCGUUUUGAUGCACAUCAAGACAAAGUUGGAAUGCUUGCAGGGGCUACAAGCGGUGGACAGGUAUAUAUCUGGACGGCAUCUUAAGUUGGUGCCUAUAGAUCCUAGUAAAUUUGUGAUCAUGGAGGCAGAGUUGCCCUUUCCCAUCUGACUAAUGUGCAUUUUGUGAAAGGACAAUAAACGGUUUACCUUUAGGUUUUUGUGGAAUCUUGUUGUAGCUCACAUUGAUAGUUGUUCAUUAUGUUUC